UAUAAACUUUAUUUUUAUGCGAUGUCGAAUUUUAAUGAGAUACGUAUAAUUUUAAUUUCGUUGGCUGUAUAAGUUAUUACUUUCGUCUUUUUCCAUCUACCACACCUUGGCAACAGUUGUCAUAGCGCCAACAUUCGAAAAUAAAUACUGCAAGCAAUCAUCUACCCGCGAACGAAAAUAAAAAUAAUUAUAGGAUAGUUUUUUCAAUCAAUCUACAAUAAAUUAAUAAUAUAUCAUCAAGACUAUUUCAGCUACAAAUAUGUCGAUGCCGGCACUAAGACAACCAAAAAUCAAUGCCGAAGAAAAAAAGACCGCGAAAUAUUAUUGCGAACCUCAAAAUUUCUUGAUAGUGAACCUUAAUGAUGGAAAGAAGCUUGUUGUGUCAUCAGAUGCUUACCACGGGAUUCUGACGAGCGGUGUGCUGUACAGAUGCGUCUUCUGUGAAUUUGAGAUGAUCCGAGAUGUAAUGUGUAAAGAACGCCACAAGAACUCACAGAACCAUAGAACGAUCUUAGAAAGUUACCCACACAUGGCGGAUUUUAAAGAAAAUUUAAUCAGAAAGUUAAAUGGUCCAAACUAUUACUGCACAAUAUGCAAUCUGGUAAUAGCAGCACAGGCGUUGAACAAACACUUGACUGCCGAAGAUCAUCUAAAGGAGUUAUCGAAAGCAACUACAAGAGUUGCAGCUUACAAACCAAUAAAUUAGACAAUAUUAAAUUAAUUCUUGUCAUAAAUCUUAAUAUAUUUUUUUUGUAAUUAUUUAUAUGAAGGUUGUUGUCUUUUUUUUCUCAAGUCCCUGGUAG